CCAUGGCUACGAAGGCCCAGGAAAGCUCAGCGGCGCCUGCGCACGGGUCUCGGCGCGCAGCCUCUGUUUGCCCGUUUCCAUGGCUACGAAGGCACGCGGCGGAUCCCAGAGCGAGAGGAUGAAGCUCAGGUGUCUCCUGCUGCGGUAUUACCCGCCAGGAAUUAUGUUGGAAUAUGAAAAAAAUGGAGAAUUAAAGAUGAAAUCCAUAGAUUUGCUUGAUCUAGAUUCAAGUACUGAUGUCAGUGCUCUUGUCAAAGACAUCCAGAGAGUAGAGCCGCUGAUCACGGCUUCCAAGACAGAGCAGGUCACACUUGUAAUACGGAGACUGCAGGAGAAGCUUGGACAGUACAGCAACCACAGCUUCCAUCUUUUCAAGGUUCUCAGGGCGCAUAUACUGCCACUGACGAAUGUUGCACUUAACAAAUCAGGCUCAUGCUUUAUCACAGGAAGCUACGACCGGACAUGCAAGCUCUGGGACACUGCGUCUGGAGAGGAGCUGCACACGCUGGAGGGCCACAAGAAUGUGGUUUACGCCAUAGCUUUCAACAAUCCUUAUGGGUGUGUUUGUCAUUUAACCCACAAAGCACAUUGGUGGCCACGGGAAGUAUGGACACAACAGUCAAAUUGUGGGAUGUUCAGAAUGGAGAGGAGGUGUUCACUUUAACAGGGCAUUCUGCUGAAAUCAUCUCCUUAUCAUUUAACACUUCAGGAAACAGAAUCGUCACGGGGUCUCUUGAUCACACGGUGGCAGUGUGGGAUACCGACACUGGAAAAAAAGUGUAUACCUUAAUUGGCCACUGUGCUGAGAUUAGCAGUGCCUUAUUCAAUUGGGAUAGCUCUCUGAUAUUAACUGGCUCUAUGGACAAAACCUGCAUGCUCUGGGACGCUACAAGUGGGAAGUGUGUAGCAACCUUAACAGGACAUGAUGAAAAAAUCCUGGACAGCUGCUUUGAUUCUACUGGAAAGCUUUUUGCAACAUCAUCAGUUGAUGGAACAGCAAGAGUUUACCAUACAGCCACAAGAAAGCUCAUCACCAAACUGGAAGGCCAUGAAGGUGAAGUUUCAAAGAUUUCAUUCAAUCCGCAGGGAAACCAUCUUCUAACUGGAAGCUCUGACAAAACAGCUAGAAUCUGGGAUGCUCAGACUGGCCAGUGCCUCCAGGUUCUUGAGGGACACACUGAUGAGAUUUUUUCUUGUGCUUUCAACUAUCAAGGGAACAUGGUCAUUACAGGCAGCAGGGAUAAUACCUGUAGAAUAUGGUGUUGACUGGAAGAAGCCUUCAGCGAGCAAACCACGGUGACAGAGAACUUGAGUUUCAGAGAGAAAGUGAGAUAUUUUGAUGUUUGAUAUGCUUUUUCCUUUUUACUGCAAGCCAAGUAUUUGUUCUUAACCUUACAGACAUGUCCAUUAAAAGUGGUUAAAUUAUAUAAUUUUUAAUGUUAUUUGGUGGGAAUUACAGGAAUCAAUUAGUGUUUAAUUUAAUAAAUACCUCUAGUUAUUUCAAUUGUAUUUUAUUUUUAAUGUCAUCAUUAUGCUGGUAAAUGAAGCCAGACGAUUUAACAAUGUGUCUCCUAGAUUCUACUUUGAAGGUGAUUAUUGUAAUUUUUGUUGAAUAAAAGCUUUUGGAGAAAUUUUCUUGUGAAUUGUGCAUCUAUAUUUAGGAGGUAUUUUUUAGGGUGAUAUGAGAACAAAAUGGGACUUAUUAAUAGCAGAUAAGUGGUGAAUUGUUAGAUUUUAAGAAGUUAAGAAUGUUUACAUGGAAAUAUUAAGCAGAAUAAACCUUCAAAGUAUUUAAUUAAAAAAUCUGGGUGGAAAAAAAUGACUUAUGAGAGGAAACAAUCAAAUGCUAGCCUGAGUACUGCUGGAAUAUUUUAAAAUGCCUUUAAGAGAGCUGCUAAUGCACUGUGGUCCGGCUGGUUAAGGUACUGCAUGGGGCAGCAGCAUGCCACACUGGAGCGCUUUGUUGGAGUCCUCACUGCACUGCUUGUGAUCCAGCCUCCUGCUAAUGCAUCCUGGGAGGCCCCUGCCACCCUGUGGAAGACCCGGAUGGAGUUCUUGGGCCUGGCUUUGACCUGGCCCAGCCCUGGCUAUUGUGGGCCUUUGGAUAGUGAAGCAGUGCAUGGCAGAUCCUCUUUUUCCAUAUCUCUGUUUCUCUGUUGAUCUGUCUUUUAAAUAGUGGAAAAUAAAUACAUAAGCUAUUGGAUGUGUUGAUGUGAACAAAGUUGGAUGCAUUGCUUUGAAAAGAGUUGCCCGACUAACUGCUUUCUUGGGAUUGUGAGCUCUUAAUCAACUAAUUGUCACAGUGGGUCAGAUGGCCAUGCAUGUCACUGACCACUGAACAACAUACUUUUUACUGCUCUCACAAAUGACAACUAAAAAAUGUGACCAUGUUUGAUAAAUGUACAAGCUUGCACACUUUUAUUUGUUCUCUUAGCUCAGCAGGUGGCAGUGUUUAUCUUCUUGCUUCUUUUCUUACAGCCACACAUGAAGAGCAUAAAGAGUGAACUUUGAAUUCUAUAUCCUUACAAAUCAGAGUUGUGUGCGGAUAUAGAACCACACUCAGAUUGUGGUAUAACUUAAAGCUUAGAACCAUCUUCGCAACUCUAGGGGAAAUGAUAUAUUUCUUUGAUCCUGAUGCAUUAAAGAGACAUUUUCCCAACUACAUGUGACAACCCAGACUAAUAAGGUGGAUGAGAUGGUUUUACUUUUCUUACUUCAUUUCUUUGUUAGAAAUGUUAUAUUAUGAUAACUUAUUAUACAGUGACACAGUCUAUCAAAGAACCUAACACACAAUUAUAGCUUCAGUAUUGAUAUAUUUUAAAAUUUAUUUUUAUUUUACUGGAAAGGCUGAGACAGAUGAGGGAUUUUUCACCCAUUGUUUUAUUCCCUAAAUGCAACAGCCACAGCUUGGCCAGGGCAAAGUCAGGAGCUCAGUCUGGGUCUCUCGAAUGGGUGGCAGAGGUCCCAGUACUUCACCCUCACCCACUACCUCACAGGGUGUGCAUGAGUAGGAGGCUAGGUUGGAAGCAGAGUCUCUGAGGCUUGAAAGAGAAACUUCCACAGGGAGUGCAAGCAUCUGAAACACUGACUGAAUCCCUGUGCCAAAUGCUUGCUCCUCAAUAUUAAUAUCUCAUAAGAGUGUAUCAUGUAUUAUUUCAUUUUAAUGAAGUUUAUUGUAAUUUCAAUGGGCUCAGAGCAUAAGACUUGUGAGUAUGUUGAACUUCAUUAUUUUUACAUAACUGUAAACCUAAAGGGUCGAACUGAUUUGUGUCUGAUUGUCAAAGACAAAAGUAAAUCUGAGGCUGUUUACUCAUCAGUUAUGACGAGGGAGCUGUCUGCUGCCGCUUGCAUUUCAGCCAUAGUUGAGAAAUCCAAAGAGAUUGGAGAGUGAAAGGAAGAAAUCAAUGGCCAGUGUCCUGUUCCAAUAGGAGCUUUGGAAGCAGGGAGACUUUUUUUUUAUUAAUUUUUAGGUGUAUCUGGCCGUCCUUUGUUGGUUGCAGAAGGUCAGCAAACAGUUUGGGAACACUCAACAGAGGAAAGGUUGCUCUGUUACUGGUGGAGGAUUUUCUGUGCGGUCAGUGGGCGCUUUGUUCCUGUCAAACUGUCAUAAUGCUCCUUGUGUGGGUGGGUGGCUGGCUGCCUUGACAUCCAGUGUCUCAGGAUUGACAGUAUUCAGACUAAUUUUGGAAUCAAAAUGCCCACUUCAAAUCCUGCCCCACCUUUUCUUGGCACUGAGACUUUGAGAAUUCAAAUACUCAUGAUUCUUUUUUCACCUAUAAAUUGGGACUGACAGUUGCAUGGGGGUAAUUUUUGAGGAAUAAAUAAGUUAAUAGAAGCACAAAGCUUGUGCUACAUAGUAGCAUUCAGUCAGUGCUCGCUAGUGUCAUUUGUGGAUGCUACUUCAAUGGCUUGGGUUGAAUAGCUAUUAAAGAAUUGGUACAUUCAAUGAAAAUUUUCUCAUUAGUGUUAUAGCAUCCCUAUAAUAGGCAGAAACCUUCCAAUUCACCUUUUCAUGGGAGAUCAAAGAGGAGUUAAUGAAAUAUGAUGAAGAUUUGGAGUGUUCAUCUCUCGGGAAUUCUUUUGUGUUCAGAGAUGUGCAUAAAAUUUUUGUUCAGCUUAAUAAAGCACAUGGUGGUCAUGGUGCUGGGUUAACCCAGAUUCUCAGCACCUUUUUUCUUUACAAAGCUCUGAAUUUGGGAGUGAGUUCAGAAGCCUCUUCCAGCCUACCCAGCAGUAGAAAUCGUUAUUGGUGAGGAGGACAAUGUAAAUAUCACUCAUUAAGUGGGGUCUCAAAAUUCUUCUUGAAACU